AUGGCGGCGUCCGCCCAAGCUCCGCGAGCUCCGACUCCUCUACGAGCCAGGCAGCCGCGCCCUCCCUCGCUCCCACACUCGCCCUCUUCGCACGACAAGACGCUGCCAUUCGGCUCGUGCAACUCCCGCGACCACACCAACUUCGGCCUCAAUGCCCCGACCUGCGCCUGCAAGCGCUUCUGGAGGGACCCUCACCGCCCCGAGGAUGGUGGUGGUGAUGGAGACGUCGAGUACCCAUGGUGCAUCUGCGGCCACCACGCCUGCUUCCACGACGCCCCCGACACCGCUGCCUCCCGCUCGCACCACCAGUCCAUUCGCCCCACGCCGCAUUCCCCCGUAGACCUCGUCCAGGUCAGCAAUGGCUGGUACGUCGAUCGUACCCGGCUCGACCUCACAACCCACGACAUACAACAUACCCCCAGGAGGAGGGGCCAAUUCACACGCAGUCUUUCCGGCGACACCACCGCCGAGGAUGGAGAACUCGCGGUGGCCCGCACAAGACCGGCCAAUGCUACAUCCGGCCUGAGUCGCAAUGACAACUCAGAUCUCCACAUUUCUGGUUUCCCAAGCGUCCCGUCCAUCUGCUAUCCGACCCCCAGACGUGCCGUGCACUCCGGCGCCGAUACCAACCGCCCUGUGGAUUACCAACCUCCGCAACAGCCUCCGAGGUUCGACCUGGAGAUGCAAUCAACCACCGAACGUCCUGAUCAAACGCGCAGGGCGGAGACGGAUGCUCUGAAAGAAUGGCACAAGACACUGGAACGCGCGAGAGGACAAUCUCAGCUGGCCUCUACCGUCCGAUAUUCGACAGAUGGGGAGAGCGACCGUCCUCGCAAUAGCCCGAGUCGAGCUUUCCUCGACCACGUCCUGCAGUCGCGCCGCGCUGCAGCUCAGGCGGAAGCUCCAUCCACUGCCGUGAAGAGAGAAGACCCUACGCAGAAUGCCAUGGACCUAGCUACGUCUAGUAUUGUCGACACUCAAGAUGUCCAAACCUAUGACCAACAUCUGCACGAAACGACCUCCUUGAUCGACAAUGUUGUUCGGGGGAUCGCGUCUGUGGAGAACGCCAGUUUGGGUCCUGAAGAAAACGAACUUGCCCUUUCUCCAACCCAGCCGAACACAUCGCAACGCAGUUCGAGACAUGCAGGCGACAGAACACCCGAUGCUCGGGCUGACUCUGUUGCUGCCGUUCCGAUGAGCGUGCCGUGGGCCCUUCGCAAACUUGCACCUCAGUUGCUCAGUUUGAAAAGGCAUCUCGCGGCACAGCCUAAUAUUUCCACGACGAUUCAAAACAUGUCUGACCGCCUCUGGAUGUUAGAAAAUGCAUCCUUUCAACACGUUCCGGCUGAAGAGAUCUGUGACAAGUUCGACCUGAUGGAUGGCCGACUUCUCGAGGUCGAGCAACGUCUGAUCGAUCUUGAUCGGCCGCAGGAGGACUCACAGACAUCCAUGGUUCGGCGCGAUGCUACUGAAGAUAAAUCGUUUUACGGCGAAUGUUCUGAGAGCCUCGCCAAAAUCGAGCACCGUCUUCAAGACCUCGAGUGUUCAGUGCCAUCCACCUCGUAUCCCUGGGAAAUCGAGGUUGUGCUGUUACCCUGGGGACGAGACCUUCAUGGCAUCUGGUUUACCAAGUCAGAGUUGUCGGCGAAGUCUCAGAGGUCCCGUUCCAACCGUGGCUCUUCGAUUUCUCCGCCCCGGAUCAAAGGCACCGAACAUGGUCGGACCUCUCAUCAUCACCAGAAUCACCAUGAUGGCUUGGAAUACGAAAAACUUUUCCCAAAAGCAUGCGGACCGCGAAACAAAGUGUGGCACCGUCUCAAAAGCAGGGGUUUCGUCAAGAAUGUAGUAAUUACGGAACCAGGAGCCCGUCACAUCUUAACCACCAUUGAUGAGGCCUUUGGUGAGAGUAUUUUGGAAGUUGCUGGAGAUUCCUCUCAUAUUGAGGAUGAUGAGCUGUACCCUGGCGGCCUAACAGCCCCUGUUAUUCCACUUCGAAAGGUCCAGAAAGACAUGCAACUCCGGUUCCUGCCCGCCUCGGAGAUGAUAAGCCCAACGCUGUGGAACGCCGAGUUCCUUGCUUGCGACGUCAUUCACCAUGUUCGCGGGAAGAAGCGCCUCUACGUCACCGGAAGCUGCGCCUACAUCCAGCCGGACGCUGAGGAGUGUGGUUCCACAUGGCAAGACAUCAAAGAUCUGCCACGUGUUGACAUGUAUUCAUCUGCUGAUGAGGACGCCCAGGCUCCCGAGUCGGGCUACGAAGGGGACUGGUGGGACUGGCAUCCGAGCUUGGAUCCCCCGCUUGAGACAGUCUCGUCGUGCAACACUCCCAAUAAUUCUGGUUCGGCCAACUCAUCUUUCGACUCUGCAACAUCUCUACCAUUGCGCCAUCCUACAAACGAGCUUCCAGACCCCACGCCCAUUUGGGAGUUUUCAGACCAAGAAAGGUCGAGUAGCCCUCAAACGGAUGCCGCUCCGCGAUCACCUCGUCCCUUCAACCGCACAAUGCCGGCGCCAACGACCCAAGUACAAAUCACGAAGCUCGCCUCCAAGCGACGAGCCGGGAGCUCAUUUGAUGAAGUUCCGCCACCCUAUCCAUCAAAGGAAGCAAAAGAACCAGAUUGGAUCGCAGAAGACUACAGGAAAAAACGGCGCCGCCAUACAAGCCGGUCCAGCGGUAGCGCUGGCGACUCGGCCGGCGGCGAUGCAAGAGACGGGCUUCUGCCCACACCCCGCCACUCAAUUGAACCCACGCCCCGUGUCAGUUACCUUGGAUCCCAGGGCAGCCUGAGGUUUCCGGUCGACUCGCCGCCCGCGGGCGUGUCAGGGAAUCAAGCCCAAUGUUCUGCCAAGGCCAGAAAUCCCUACGGCUCGCCGUGCAGCGGCCCGGUGGGCAUCUCGAACGAGCCUCCGUCGUAUACUGACCGGCAGUGUCAUGACACGGAGCCGGAUGAUUUCGAGGACGAGAGCCACUCGGACGGCGACAAUGACAAGGAUGGGACCUGUGACGACGACGACAACAACAACAACAAUAGCAUGGUGCGAUACGACGGAAAAGAAAGAUUGAAAGGUGAGAAACGCCCGACCAAAGGGAUGGACGGCGACGACGAGAUGACGGACGAGUGGCAGGGCUGCAUCUCGGAGGUGAGCCAGGUCGACUGCGUCCAGCGCCCUGACUCCCCUUCAGUCAAGCGGGAGAGGGACAGUCCGACACGGAACCCAUGGAUCAAUAGUGUGCCAAGCCAGUAG